AUGGCUACCAACAUAACAUGGCACCAAGGCCUCACCCACGCCGAACGUACCUCGUACCUUAACCAGCCCGGCCUAACAAUCUGGCUAACCGGCCUCUCCGCCUCCGGAAAAUCCACGAUCGCAAUAGCACUAGAACAACACCUCCUCCACAAUUCCUACGUCUCCUACCGUCUGGACGGCGACAACAUCCGUUUCGGUCUAAACAAAGACCUAGGCUUCUCCCCCGAAGACCGAGUAGAAAACAUCCGUCGUAUAGGCGAAGUAUCAAAACUAUUCGCUGACAGUGGAACAAUCGCUAUUACCAGCUUUAUAAGCCCUUAUAAGGCCGAUAGAGAGUUGGCGAGGAAGCUACACCAGGACGCUGGGUUGGGGUUUGUGGAGGUUCAUGUUGAUGUUCCUAUUGAUGUUGCGGAGGGGAGGGAUCCUAAGGGGCUUUAUAAGAAGGCUAGGGAAGGAUUGAUUAAGGAUUUUACCGGGGUUAGUGAGAAUGCGCCGUAUGAGAGACCGGAGAGUCCUGAGGUUUAUAUUGAUAAUUCGGAGGGGACUGUGGAGGAUGGGGUGCAGAAGAUUGUGACUUAUUUGGUGGAGAAGGGGGUUUUGAAGUUUCCUAAGGCUUGA